AUGUGGAGACCAGGACCUGGGUCACGGCUGUGCGUGCUGUUCUUGGGUCGGUCGGUAGAGCAUGAGGGUACGAUGGAGACUUGGACACUCUGGGAGGCUGGACCCCUUCUCUCUGCGCGAGCGCGGCAGUCGCGCCAUGGUCUGCCAAGCCUGUCUUUAUUGGGCGGACAUUGCUUCCUUGACACUUCAGCCUCUGCCGGCACACCACCACUACCACCACCCACUAUCACCACUGGAACCACUAGAACGACUACCGCCACCACUACUACCACCACCACUACCACCUUCUUCACUCCUCCCACCUGCAGGCAUCAACACAGUCUAGCGGCCGCUCUCGAGCUAUCUCGUCUUGAACUAGGCAUGGCGGUGCUGCGUAGUACCCGCUGGCUUGAAGCCCUCCUUUCACUCACUCAAUACAUCGGUUUGAUUGGCCCAGUAGCCGCAAUGAUGCUCCAACCAGUAUUCAGCCGAUAUGCGGCCCCGCGUGGAAGAUGCCGACCGGCAAUCUUCCGUCGUGCUUAA